AACAAUUUGUGCACAUCAUAUUUUAUGUAAUAUAAUAUACAAUUAUAAUUUUUUGUUUAGAUGAGAAAGAUUUCUAUAACGCCACAAAUGCUACGUGCAGCUGUAAAAGAUUUACAAAAACGUCAAUUAUUUGUUAAAUUAAAGACCUUAAAAGAUCAUAUACAAAAAAAUUAUCCAGUUAAAAGAGAGACUCUUGAAUGGGAAUUACAGGAGAAAUUAAAAUAUGCUGUUUGCGUUGGAUUGCUUGCCAAACACGGCGAUGACCAAUAUUGUAUACCAACUUUACUAGAAGAAGCUAAUGCCUUUAAGUCAGCGCUCAGCGCGUUCUGGGAAAUAUACAAAGAUGUAAUACAACUAUUGACUUCUUUCCAUAUUAAUUUUUUUGUUCUGCAGAACAGAAAUCUUUCUUUCACUGUUUAGAAAAAUCGAUUGCGUGAUA